AUGCCGGUCGCUAGCAGCGGGGACGGUGUCGAGUCGCGUGGUUCUGUAUCGACGCACAGGUCGGGAUUCUUACGCGAUGAGAGUAGGUACGCCGGUGUCCGUCGCGGAGUGCGUGUUACGGGUCGCGUACUUGGUGGAGACCAGUGGUCGUGUUGCGGAGUACCAAAGACGUGUAACGUGAGCACGCGGACGGGAAAAGAUGGCGGUUUCUCGAGCGAACUGUUAGGGCGCGAUAAACUCGAGGCGUGUUCGUGUGGAGAAAUCGUGUUAGCCGUUUCGUGGUUACGGACGGAGAGACCGUUGGCAGCCGCCCGACACUUCGCGGUCGCGAACGACGCGGAGGGCCGAGCGGUGCUGCCAACACAGGGAGCGCGACCGACAUAG